GGAGACCACUUGUACCACAUUUGGCUCCUCCUUCCCCUCCUCCGCGCGUCGCCGCGCCGGCAGCCGUUGCAGGCUGGAGCAACGCUGCAUUUUUUGGCGGCUCCGCGAGGGAUGCCCGCGCGAGCCAUCAAUUCAUAACUUCCGGACUGUCAGGCAGUCAGGCCUCAGGCGGCGCGGACAGGCAGGCCCAGGCCCGCCCUGCUAUGGCGAAGUACGUGCCUCCAGCGAUGCGCAGCAGCGGGGGCGGAGGCGGAGGCGCCUGGGACAGGGGCGGCGGCGGCGACCAGGGCCGAGGCGGCGCUUGGGGCGGCGGCUCCGCCGGGUUCGCGCCACCCGAGCGCGGAGGCGGCGGCGGCGGCGACCGUACCUGGAGGAAUGCGGGCCAGGGCCCGGCUGGCGCGGGG